GGCAGUAUUCUGUCGACAUUUUUCAAGACGACGCGUGUAGAAAAAAAGAAAGCGAGUGUUGUUGCUAAUUUUUAUCAACAGUUUGUAAGGUUAUUUCUGUGUAAAUGUUAGAAUUUCUGUGUCUAUGUUUGUUAUAUAGUUAACUACGUUUCAUAUUUUGACAAUUUUGGUUAUCAAAUCGGAGAAAUGACUCAGUAUUUGCCACCGAAUUUGUUGGCGUUGUUUGCUCCCCGCGACCCCAUUCCUUAUCUUCCGCCUGUAGUCAAACUCCGCCAUGAAUCGAAGACAUCUGGUUACACGGGAAUGGCUAACCUUGUAAAUGGACUUUUUGAGGACCCAGAAGAUACACCGCCACCGACUAGAGGAGAAACCAGGGAUGAAAAGAAAGUACGCAAAGCCAAGGAGCGAGAAGACCAAACUGCUAUGAAUCUCAGGGAAGAAAUUGAGUCAUGGGAUCCUCACAAUAAUGGAAGUGCCACUAGUGAUGCAUUCAAGACCCUAUUUGUAGCAAGAAUUAACUUCGAUACGUCAGAAUCGAAAUUGAGACGCGAGUUUGAAGCUUAUGGUCCAAUCAAAAUGAUUAAUUUAGUUCACGAUAAAAAAACUGGGAAGCCACGUGGUUAUGCAUUCAUUGAAUACGAACAUGAACGAGACAUGCACACUGCCUACAAGUAUGCUGAUGGUAAGAAGAUUGACGGUCGCCGUGUUCUUGUAGACGUUGAACGAUCGCGAACGGUAAAGGGUUGGCUUCCAAGGAGAUUAGGUGGUGGUAUUGGAGGAACCAGAAGGGGCGGCCCAGAGGUCAACGUGAGACAUUCAGGUCGUGAGGAGAUGUCACAAGCGGCAGCUGCAGCAAGGGAGGAGGAUAGAGAAAGAGAUAUGAGAGACACUCGAGGUGGUAGGGAUCGUGACCGUGACAGGGAUCGUGAUCGUGAAAGGCACAGGAGUCGUAGCCGAAGCAGAGACCGUGAACGUGAACGUCGCAGAGACAGAGAUAGGGACCGUGAUCGGGGUGACCGUGACAGGCGUAGAGAUCGUGAUAGAGACCGAGGAGAUCGUGAUAGAGACCGAGGAGAUCGUGAUAGAGACCGAGGAGAUCGCGAUCGUGAACGUAGGAGAGAUCGGGAUAGAGAUAGAGAUAGAAGUGAUCGUAAGGACCGUGACCGCGACAGAGAUCGUGAUCGACAUGACAGGGAAGCUCCGGAAGAAAAUAUGGAUGAUGGUUUUGAAUCUGCUCGUAUAAAAAUGGAACAUGGAUCAGAAGACAAUGAUAAUGCAUACAAUGAUGCUUAUAAUGAUCAGAAUGGUGCAGAAGAUUGAAUUAAAGUAACAGCAAUAAAUUGCAUCUCUGAGAUAUGCUUUUAACGAACUGAUUUUAGACAGGUAAUUAGCACUGCAGGUGCAGCUCCUAUCUAGUUUAUUGUUUCAAGGUAAAGUAUCAAACACAACAUAUUAACAUGAAAAAUAUCAAAAUUGGCUGUUAAGAGCCUGGUAUCAAAAUAUGUCUUAUUUCUUUUUUUUAUUGGAUCGUCAUGUAAGUAUUUUUUUUAAAUAUUGUAUUUAGAAUUUGCUUAAAAUGUUGUAGUUUUUAUCUUAAUGGUGUUUAGCAGACUAUAACUAUUUUAUAUAAUAAUGUGUCUAUAAAAUGUGUUCCUAUAAAUCAGUGAGUAUCUGUACCGCUGCAAUUCAGUCCUGUGUAUGUUUUAUCCAUGGUUUGUAUGAAUCUAUUACCCAGAUUAUUUUACAGUUAGUUAACACUUUAAAAAUUAAAAUUUAAUUUGGUGGUUCUACAAAUUUUAAGGUGAAUAACAAACAGUAAUUUAUAAAUUGAAUGCAGUACGGUAUAAUCACCCAUUUAUCUUAUAAUGUAAGUAUUGGUCCGUGUGUAAAAUUGGAACUGUGCUAGAUAUAUCAUGUUUUUUCAUAGUUGCACGGUUCAGUGGGCGUGUCUAAAUUUCAGUGUGCGCUCAACCCAAAGUAUCCCAUGUAAAAUAUUGGACUGCCAGUUAAUUUGAAAAUUGGAACAUUAUGUUGAUGGUCAUUAAGCACUGUUUAAGACACUAGCAUUUUUGUUAUUACACGAUUGGAUAUGAAAACAAUAAAAUGUGAAGCUCAAUGAA